ACUGGGGUCUCCCAGGAGGAUGUGAAGCCCCCUGGCUGGCAGGCUCCCCGCCUGGAGUAACUUUGGGCCGCCCGCCCCUGGCUUGAAAGUCUCUCUCUCGCCGCCUUCAUUGUGCUCCCCGGCGUUGUCUGUUCCCGAUGAUCACACACAGGGGACGGGGGACUCUCAGCUCACCAAGUCCGGCUCGUCUCACUCACUAGGGUCCGGGCGAGCCCCAAGCGCCUUUGACCAAUCCAAAGCGAUUAUGCAAGACGGCGGACCAAUCAGCUCCACCGGCUCAUGAAUAUUCAUAGUCUUGGCUGAGUCAAAGCUUUUAGGCGAGUUUGUGUAGAUCUACGGCAUCAUGCUUAGACUUUUCAAAGAGACAAACUCCAUUUUCUUAUGAAUGGAAAGUGAAAAGCCCUGUUCCGCUUAAAUUGGGUUCUUUCCUGUCCUGAGAAACACAACAGACCCCAAAAAGGCAGGCUGAAGAGAGAACCCACACACAGACCAAGCGACAAGAAAUGACCAUGACUACCAUGCCAGAGAGUCUUAAUAGCCCUGUCUCAGGGAAGGCUGUCUUUAUGGAGUUUGGGCCACCCAGCCAGCAAAUGUCUCCUUCUCCCAUGUCCCACGGACACUAUUCCAUGCACUGUUUACACUCAGCUGGCCACUCUCAGCCUGACAGCUCGUACAGCACAGCUUCGUCCUUCUCCAGACCGCUGGGCUACCCCUAUGUCAACUCGGUCAGCAGCCACUCGUCUAACCCCUACAUCAGUUCAGUGCAAUCCUACCCCAACAGCUCCAGCCUGACUCAGACCCGGUUAGAGGAGACAGGGGCCGACUCGGAGAAAAGCACUGUAGUAGAAGGAGGGGAAGUUCGCUUUAACGGGAAAGGGAAAAAAAUCCGCAAGCCCCGGACUAUUUAUUCCAGUUUGCAGUUGCAGGCUCUGAACAGGAGAUUCCAGCAAACGCAGUACCUGGCUCUGCCCGAGAGAGCCGAACUCGCAGCCUCGCUGGGACUUACCCAGACACAGGUGAAGAUCUGGUUCCAGAACAAGCGAUCUAAAUUCAAGAAGCUAAUGAAGCAGGGAGGGGCAGCUUUGGAAAGCAGCGCUCUGGCGAAUGGCAGGGCGCUCUCGGCCAGUUCGCCCCCAGUCCCCCCAGUGUGGAACACCACCUCGUCAUCGGGUAAGACCUCUACGGGGACCCCGGGCACUUACAUACCCAGCUACACAUCGUGGUACCCUUCAGCCCACCAAGAAGCUAUGCAGCAACCUCAGCUGAUGUGAUUACAAACCAGGUUCCCCAUUUCAAGCACUAUCGGUCCAGAAAAAUAAAUAAGCCCAAUCAAUAAACAGAGGGAAAAAAGAGAGGGGGAAAUAAAAAGAACAAACAAUCGGGAAAGAGGUCUCUUGCCCACAGAGCCAUUAACACUGCACUAUAGCGUGGUGCAGACAAGCACAGAUGUGAUGCGGGGCUGGUUCCCAACUGCUGACAGCUGACAGAGCAGCCAUUAGCUCAACCGGAGAACAGCCUGGGAGCAGAGAGAAAAUCCGACCCUCGGCUUUGUGGGACAAUCAGAAAAAUAUGUUUGUAGAGGAAAAAAGCUCUCCUCUGUCCUGUCUGUCUGUCUGUGUCUAGCCUGAUGAAAUGUAGGUCAUUUAUUUACUACCCCACUCCUCUUUAACAGCAAUGCGAAAACAACCUGUACUAUAGCCAGAUAUUUUUUCUUUGCAUUUGCCUGUACCCUUCACGACUCGUCUGUGUACAUUUUUAUUGUGGUUGUUAAAGGGAGAGAUGGGGAUUUAAUUUAUUGACUUAAAUUACCACAGUAAGAGUGCUAGAAACACACGGACUAUCUGGUUUGCAAAGGGCACUGUUUCAACGCACAGUUUACUUUAAACAAAACAAAACAAAAACA